CUAAAAAUAUUGGAGUAUUUAAUUAGCUAUAUUAAAGCAGUGCACAUAAAAGGGAUCGGAUACAUAUAUAUUCGAUAACGUAAUGGAGGAGGCCGUGGAGAGGUUGACGGCGGAGCACGGGGUGGUGAUCUUUAGCACCACCGGGUGUUGCCUUUGCUACGCCGUUAACGUCCUCUUCCAGAAGCUUGGCGUGACACCGCACGUGCACAUUGUCGACACCGACCACCGCGAUGGCGGCGGGGAUGUCCGGAGUGCGCUCGCUUCUGCCACGGACUGGGCAAACUCCGACCCCCUUCCGGCGGUUUUCAUCGGCGGCAAGCUCGUCGGGUCCACCAGCGAAGUCAUGGCUCUCCACCUCAGUGGCUCCCUCCUUCCGCUGCUUGGGCCUUACCGCCGCCAGUAGCUGUGCACUUUCUUGUUUCCCUUUGUCUACAAUUUAUUGUCCACUUUUCAUACUAUAUUCAACAAAGAAAUCAUAAUGAACAAGCCUAAUUUCACAACCUAAUUUAUAUUGUUUUGUAAAACUUUUUAUAUAAUUUUUAAAUAUAUAACUUUUAUUUUU